UAACCGCGGCGACCCUGGUGCGCAGGACUUGCAUGAAAAUCGCCUAGGAAAAUUGCUCGCCCCCCACCGUACAAGUUUCUGGGCUUGGGUGCCCUGGGUGCCCUCGACUCGGUUGGCAUCCAGUUGGUAUCCAGCGUUCCAGGCAGUCCCAGGUGUUUCAGGUGCGUCUGGGCGCAUCUAAUGCUCGUAUAUCGUUCCGAGUUGGUGCAUGAUGUAAAGGCAAUCUGCCCGGGAGGACUCGUCGCGAUUUCGCUUUCUUUAUCGGUGCUCGGAAUGGCUUCGUUCGGAAGAUUCAGAGCAAGAAAUAAUCAGGAGCUCGUACAACAUUUAAAGAAUUCAAGAAUUAUUAAGUCCAACAGAGUGUACGAAACGAUGAACUCCGUGGACAGGGGAAAUUAUAUAUCGCCCUCUUACGCGUACAUAGAUUCACCACAGGGGAUCGGCUACGGAGUAACCAUUAGUGCACCUCAUAUGCACGCACAUGCCUUGGAAUUACUCGAAGACAAACUGCAAGACGGCGGCAAAGCUCUGGAUGUUGGAUCGGGCUCUGGCUAUCUGACGGCCUGCUUGGCAACUAUGUUGGGUCCGCAAGGAAUAGCAGUGGGAGUCGAUCACAUUCCCGAGUUACAAGAAAUGGCUACGCGUAAUAUUCAGAAAGACAACGCUCAGCUUCUCGAAAGCGGUCGUGUUAAACUAGUUGUGGGGGAUGGAAGGUUGGGCUAUGCUACCUACGCGCCAUACGACGCAAUUCAUGUAGGAGCCGCGGCUAAAGAAAUUCCACAAGCGUUGAUAGAUCAGCUUGCUCCUGGAGGUCGCAUGAUAGUCCCAAUGGGUCCAGAAAAUUCGGAUCAAACGUUAGUUCAAAUCGACAAAACGAUGGACGGAGAAAUUAAACGUAAAUCAUUAAUGGGAGUUGUCUUUGUUCCUUUGACGGACAAAGAACGUCAGUAUCGGUCAUGAAAGUGGUGUUGCAUAGAGUGAAGCCCUUUAUUUAUUUAAUUUAUUUAUUUCCCCUUAUCCAAGUCUCGCCAAUUGUUGAGACAAAGCUUAAAUAGUUACUAUCGAUCCAACAUGACUGGGAAUUCAUUCAACUAUUGUUAUCACAUAAUUAUGCUUCAAAUUUAUUAUGCUAAUGAAAUUGAGAUCUAUCGCAAGAGCAAUUUAACCAAGUAACUGUAAAGAUCUGCACAACGGAGUACAACCUGAAUAAAAUGAACAAAUGAUCUGCUGGAA